AUGCCACCCCAGCAGUGGAAGCGUGAGCCCCGGGGUAUCUGCACCUGUGUCAGUCCCAGCAGGGGGCGGAAGAGGCAAGAGGUUAUUGCUGCGCGAAGGUUCACUUUCACCUUUGAGAAGGAUGUGGAGAUGCAAAAGGGCACUGGCCUCCUGCCUUUCCAGGGCAUGGACAAGUUGGGCUCAGCUGUGUGCAACUUCCCUAAAGGACUCUGUGAGAAAGGGAAGCUCUGCCCGUUCAGGCACGACCGAGGAGAGAAGAAGGUGGUGUGUAAGCACUGGCUCCGGGAAUUGUGUAAGAAGGGGCACGAGUGCAAGAUCCUGCACCAGUAUGAUGUCACCAGGAUGCCUGACUGCUCCUGCUUCGCCAAGUUCCGUGAUUGUAACAACAGGGGAUGUCCCUUUCUCCAUGGGAUGCCAGCCUUCAAGACCCGGGACCGUCCUUGGCAUGAUCAAGGUUUCUGUAAGGCUGGUCCCGUGUGCAAAUAUCGCCAUGUCUGUAGGAUAAUGUGUAUUAUUAACUACUUAGCUGGCUUCUGCCCUAAGGGACCCAAAUGCCAAUUUGCAUGGUGAAUAUGACCCCUGGAUGAACAACUCCCACCAAGUGCUGGGCCCAUGAUCUGCCUUCUGGACCUAGAUCUUUCUGUACCUUCACUGGCCCAGUGUGGGAGAUGAAGCAUUGGGCAAGCACCCACCUGCCAUGUUUUCCUUGCUGGUCACCCUGUAGCCACCCUUCCUCAGUGCUGUUGGCUGCACCAGACUUAACCC